UGUUCUCCCCGUGUCAGUGUGGGUUUCCUCCAGGUGCUCUGACAUGUUCUCCCUGUGUCAGCGUGGGUUUCCUCCAGGUGCUCUGACAUGUUCUCCCUGUGUCAGCGUGGGUUUCCUCCAGGUGCUCUGACAUGUUCUCCCUGUGUCAGCGUGGGUUUCCUCCAGGUGCUCCGACAUGUUCUCCCUGUGUCAGCGUGGGUUUCCUCCAGGUGCUCCGACAUGUUCUCACUGUGUCAGCCUGGGUUUCCUCCAGGUGCUCUGACAUGUUCUCCCCGUGUCAGCGUGGGUUUCCUCCAGGUGCUCCCACAUGUUCUCCCUGUGUCAGCGUGGGUUUCCUCCAGGUGCUCCCACAUGUUCUCCCUGUGUCAGCGUGGGUUUCCUCCAGGUGCUCCGACAUGUUCUCCCCGUGUCAGCGUGGGUUUCCUCCAGGUGCUCCGACAUGUUCUCCGUGUGUCAGCGUGGGUUUCCUCCAGGUGCUCCGACAUGUUCUCCCCGUGUCAGCGUGGGUUUCCUCCAGGUGCUCCGACAUGUUCUCCCUGUGUCAGCGUGGGUUUCCUCCAGGUGCUCCCACAUGUUCUCCCUGUGUCAGCGUGGGUUUCCUCCAGGUGCUCAGACAUGUUCUCCCUGUGUCAGCGUGGGUUUCCUCCAGGUGCUCCGACAUGUUCUCCCUGUGUCAGCGUGGGUUUCCUCCAGGUGCUCCGACAUGUUCUCCCUGUGUCAGCGUGGGUUUCCUCCAGGUGCUCUGACAUGUUCUCCCUGUGUCAGCGUGGGUUUCCUCCAGGUGCUCUGACAUGUUCUCCCUGUGUCAGCGUGGGUUUCCUCCAGGUGCUCUGACAUGUUCUCCCUGUGUCAGCGUGGGUUUC